CUGAAUUGAUCUGAACUGGUUUGUUAUUCGAUGGAUCAUUUCUUUUAUCUUCAUCUCUUUCUGCUACUCUUCAGCAAUCUUAUCUCUUUCAGCUCUUCUUCGAAUCCAUAUUCGUCUUUUUCUCUUGGAAACUAUGGAUAUUCUUCGUCUUCUUCUUCUUCUUCUUCAUCAAUCAAAGAAGAGAUAAUUAGGAUAGCUAAUGCUUCUGAGAACGUGGAUUGGCUAAAGAGGAUAAGGAGGGAAAUCCAUGAAUACCCAGAACUUGGUUAUGAAGAAUUCAAGACCAGUGCUCUGAUAAGACGUGAGCUUGAUCAGAUGGGUAUUGGAUAUCGAUGGCCUGUUGCAGGUACUGGUGUGGUGGCCACUAUAGGUUCAGGGUCCCCUCCCUUUGUUGCUUUAAGAGCAGAUAUGGAUGCUUUGCCAAUUCAGGAAAUGGUAGAGUGGGAGCACAAGAGCAAGAUAGAUGGGAAAAUGCAUGCCUGUGGACAUGAUGCACAUGUUACCAUGCUACUAGGUGCUGCAAAGAUACUGCAAGAACUCAGGGACACAUUACAGGGAACUGUUGUUCUUAUAUUUCAACCCGCCGAGGAACUAGGCAAUGGAGCACUAAGAAUGAUCAAAGAAGGUGCACUUGAAAAUGUAGAAGCAAUCCUUGGGAUUCAUGUGGUUCAUCGUUAUGAAACAGGAACAGUGGCUUCUCGGCCUGGAGAGUUUCUAGCAGGUUGUGGAUCCUUCAAAGCAGAGAUCAAAGGAAAAGGAGGUCAUGCAGCUUUACCACAAGAGUCAAUUGAUCCCAUCCUGGCAGCCUCAGCAUCAGUAGUUAGUUUGCAACAUAUUGUUUCAAGAGAAACUGACCCUUUGCAGUCUCAGGUGGUGUCUGUGUCCACGUUCCAAUCUGGAAAUGCCUUCAACGUCAUCCCGGACACGGCCGUAAUUGGUGGUACUUUCAGGGCAUUCAAAAAGCAGAACAUGUAUUUGUUAAAGCAAAGAAUACAACAGGUUAUUACAGGGCAAGCAACAGUACACAGAUGCUCAGCUACCAUAAACUUUUCCGAAGAGGACCAUCCACUGAUUCCUCCAACUGUGAACAAUGAGACAGUUUUCGAUAUCAUGCACCAUGUCUCAACUGAGAUCGUGGGAGACAACAACACUCACACUGCCCCUUGCUUCAUGGGUAGUGAAGAUUUUGCCUUCUACUUGGACAAGGUACCUGGAUCAUUUCUCAUGAUAGGUACAAGGAAUGAAAGGGUAGGUUCAGUCUACCCUCCACAUAGCCCUUACUUUACAAUUGAUGAGGAUGUCCUACCUAUCGGUGCUGCAAUUCAUGCUGCAUUUGCACAUACAUACCUAAUAAGUUUAACUCAGUAGUAACAUAUCUCAUUUUUUUUAA